AUGCCACUUCUUGUCUUUUCGCCUUUCGUCUCGCUUUUUUCUUCUACUUCUCGCCUUCCUUCUUCUUCAUCUUCUCGCCUUUCGUCUCGCCUUCUUUUUCUUCUCACCUUUUUACUGCUGCUUCUCGCUUUUCUUUUCCACUUUCUUUUCGUUUUCUUCUUUUCCCCUUUCUUCUUCUCGCUUUUCUUCUUCUUCUUCUUCUCGCCUUCCGUCUCGCCUUCUUUUUCUUCUCACCUUUUUACUGCUGCUUCUCGCUUUUCUUUUCCACUUUCUUUUCGUUUUCUUCUUUUCCCCUUUCUUCUUCAUCUUCUUCUUCUUCUUCUUCUUCUUCUUCUCGCCUUCCGUCUCGCCUUCUUUUUCUUCUCUCCUUUUUACUGCUGCUUCUCGCUUUUCUUUUCCACUUUCUUUUCGCUUUUCUUCUUUUCCCCUUUCUUCUUCUCGCUUUUCUUCUUCUUCUUCUUCUCGCCUUCCGUCUCGCCUUCUUUUUCUUCUCACCUUUUUACUGCUGCUUCUCGCUUUUCUUUUCCACUUUCUUUUCGCUUUUCUUCUUUUCCCCUUUCUUCUUCUCCUUUUUUCUUCUUCUUCUUCUCGCCUUCCGUCUCGCCUUCUUUUUCUUCUCACCUUUUUACUGCUGCUUCUCGCUUUUCUUUUCCACUUUCUUUUCGUUUUCUUCUUUUCCCCUUUCUUCUUCAUCUUCUUCUUCUUCUUCUUCUUCUUCUUCUUCUUCUCGCCUUCCGUCUCGCCUUCUUUUUCUUCUCUCUUUUUUACUGCUGCUUCUCGCUUUUCUUUUCCACUUUCUUUUCGCUUUUCUUCUUUUCCCCUUUCUUCUUCUCGCUUUUUUCUUCUUCUUCUUCUCGCCUUCAGUCUCGCCUUCUUUUUCUUCUCACCUUUUUACUGCUGCUUCUCCUUUUCUUUUCCACUUUCUUUUCCUUUUCUUCUUUUCCCCUUUCUUCUUCUCCUUUUCUUCUUCUUCUUCUUCUCGCCUUCCGUCUCGCCUUCUUUUUUCUUCUCACCUUUUUACUGCUGCUUCUCGCUUUUCUUUUCCACUUUCUUUUCGUUUUCUUCUUUUCCCAUUUCUUCUUCAUCUUCUUCUUCUUCUUCUUCUUCUUCUUCUCGCCUUCCGUCUCGCCUUCUUUUUCUUCUCUCAUUUUUACUGCUGCUUCUCGCUUUUCUUUUCCACUUUCUUUUCGCUUCUCUUCUUUUUCUUCUUCUUCUUCUUCUCGCUUUUCAUCUCGCCUUCUUUUUCUUCUCACCUUUUUACUCCUCACUUUUCAUUUCCCCUUUCUUCUUCUCACCUUUCUUCAUCUUCUUCUUCUUUUUCUUCUUCUUCUAAUUGUUUUCUUUUUUUCUUUUUCACAAACGAAUUUGUUUCGCUCAGCGGAAGAAAGCAACCACUGCUCAGUCAUUAUUCGGACUCAGUGGGUGGUGAUUUCCUCACAGCCUUCUUUUCGCCUUUCUUCUUCUUCUUCUUAUUAUUAUUAUUAUUAUUAUUAUUAUUCUCGACUUUCUUCUUCUUCUUCUUCUUCUUCUUCUUCUUCUUCUUCUUCUUCUUCUUCUUCUUCUCUACCUCCUUCUUUUCUACUUUUCUUUUUCUAG